AGAUAAUGCGUGCAACACUAACUAAAGUGCGCUUCGUUUCGUUCGCAUUUUGCGAGUCGUAUUUUUCGUGUUUUUAUGUUUUCAAUGUAAUUAAAAUAGGAAAAUGAUUUUGUUUCGCACGUUUGAUUUUUCAUAUUAGAUUUGAUAAGUUUAGAGUCCAUCGCAAGCUUUUGCGAUGGACGUACCGGACGAUAGUGUGUUGGACGUGGACUUGCUAGCUGAUGAUGGCUCCGAGGAAGAUGGUGAAGCCCCGCCGACGUCAGAUUUCUAUGCGGGCCCGGGGUCCACGCCGACGUCGUGUGCUUCGUCUCCUCGCGGCGAAGAGCCUGCCUCUCCACACGGCGGCCUGGUGCAGCCUACCUUCUUCCACCAUCAGUCCUACACUCGGCCGUUCUUUACUUCUGGCCGACGAGGCCCAGGACGACCGAGAAAAGAAGGGCCAAAAUUGUCUCGAGAAGGCAAAAAUGUCCGGAGGUACAGAGGCAAUCCUGGUUCGCUCAGAGGGGCAAAGAGGCACCGAGGCAGUCGUGACGAUGCUCAGGAAGACAUGAUGGAUGAGGACGACUUUACUAUUCCACCAGUGCCUGAAGAACCACCUUAUAUGCCUGAAAAAUGGCCGGGGAAAGUGUGCGCGCUGUGCAACCUCGGCGAGCGCAGUCAGCUAGGCCAGGGUGAGAUGCGCCAGAUCAUGUGCACGCUGAUUGAAGCCGAUGGCAGCACCACUCCCGGAGUGUCCAACUCAGGAGGCGCCACGCCCACUAGUGUCGCGACACCAACGAGCACGCCCACGACACCCGUGACGCCAGGCCUAGUCUCCCCUCCUCCGGAGCUGGUCGAUUCUAACCAACAUCCGCUUGGAUUACCAUUGAGCAGGCGUCAGAAAGCUUUUAAUAAGUGCAAAACACCGCUAUACAAUAUGGAGCAUACAGACGAGCUGUCCAUCAUUGGUCACACGGAGCUGUUGGAGUUGGCCGCGGUUGUGUCGUCAGGCGCCUUCUACGCACACCGCGGCUGCCUGGAGUUCAGCCCGCCCUUCAACACCACUGAAGAGGACAAGGAAACCGAGGAGGCACGACUGAAGGGGAUCGUGUCCGCCGCGCUGGCGAAAAAAUGUGCCUUUUGUUUGAGACAUGGUGCCAGUGUUCCUUGUAAGAUGAGUUGCAAUAAGUACUUCCAUUUACCUUGUGUCCUUGCGUCGGGCGGUUUCAUGGACUUCCAAUCCAAGUCAUCGUUUUGUAAGGACCAUGUGUAUCAAGUACCAGUAGUAUGUUCAGCAGAAAUAGAUUGUAGGACUUGUCGGACCAUUGGUGAUAUUACCAACCUCAUGACGUGCGUGACGUGCGGCACGCAUUACCACGGCACCUGCGUCGGACUCGCGCAAUUACCAGGUGUGCGCGCGGGCUGGGCGUGUCGCGCGUGCCGCGUGUGCCAGGUGUGUCGCGAGGCCGCGCCGCCCGGCGACGCGCGCGCCGUCGCCUGCGACCACUGCGACAAGCUCUACCACGCCGCCUGUCUGCGCCCGCUCAUGGCCACCGUGCCCAAGUACGGGUGGAAGUGCAAGUGUUGCCGCGUGUGCUCGGACUGCGGCUCGCGGUCGCCGGGCGCGGGCCCGUCGUCGCGCUGGCACGCGCACUACACGGUGUGCGACUCGUGCUACCAGCAGCGCAACAAGGGCUCGUGCUGCCCGCUGUGCCGCCGCGCCUACCGCGCCGCCGCUUACCGCGACAUGAUACGGUGCAUACUGUGCAAGAGAUACGUCCACGGCACGUGUGAUCCGGACGCAGAACCACAACAGUAUCGGAAGAACAAAGAACAAAACCCUACAUAUGAAUACAAUUGUCCAAUCUGCAAGAGUCAGAUGCCACUUACUGGCUCCAAGCCUGGAUCUUUUGAAGAGGAUAGCAUGGCGUCCGCCUCCCAAGACUCGUCAUUUGGCGAUGAAAAUUCACAAGAACAAGAUCCUUUGGCGCUUGAACCAAAACCUGAUGUUGGUCUUGGUAAGGGCAAACCCUACAGCGUAUCAUCAAAAGUCGCCAAGAAAAAGAUUGGUGGCUAUAAACUUAAAGGCGGAUUUCCACCUGCGGGUAAACUGGGCUUCCAAAAACGACAGAGGUCCGUUUUAGACUUUGGACGUAAGAGGGGCUCUAAGCCCAAGAUGAGGGGAGUUUUCGGAGUGCCAGGAUUGGGUCUUCAAAGACCGCAAGCUCCUGAUAAUAAAACAUCUGAAGAUGAUCCAGGUGUCGAGAAUAAGUUAGUUCUGUGCUCUAGUAAAGACAAGUUUGUGUUGACGCAAGACUUGUGCGUUAUGUGCGGUGCGGUCGGGACAGAUUCCGAGGGAUGCCUCAUCGCCUGUGCGCAGUGCGGACAGACUUACCAUCCUUACUGUGUCAAUAUCAAGGUGUCGCAAGUGAUAGUUCAGUUGGGAUGGCGGUGCCUGGACUGCACGGUGUGCGAGGGAUGCGGCAACCGCGGCGACGACACGCUGCUGCUGCUGUGCGACGACUGCGACACCACGUGGCACACGUACUGCGCGCGGCCGCCGCUGGGCGAGGUGCCGCGCGGCGCGUGGCGCUGCGAGCGCUGUCGCCGCUGCCUCGUGUGCGGCACGCGCGACACGCUCGCCUGGUGCGACAACUACACGGAAUGUGCUCCAUGUGCUUCGUUGGUGAUGUGCUGUAUUUGUUCGGAGCCCUACUCGGAUGGGGAAUUGAUUAUCCAAUGCGAAACAUGCAGCAGAUGGCUGCACGCCUCGUGUGACUCGAUACGCAAUGAAAACGAUGCGGAGUUAUGUUGUCGAGCAGGGUACAAAUGCGUAUCGUGCCGCGGGCGCGACAUCCCGCCGCCGCACGUGGCGCGCGCGCUGACUGCGAGCGCGGGCUCCGGGGGCGCGGCGGGCGCGGGCGCGGCGGGCGGGGCGGCGGGUGCGCGUGCGCCGCCGCGCCCCACGGCGCAGUCGCUGGGGCUGGCGGGCGAGUACUACGUGGACGACGUGUGUCUGUCGCAGCGCGGCGCACACCACAUGAAGCAGCUCGAGGCGGAGCUCGGCAUCACGCACACGAGACGCAAGCGACGGUUCAAGAACGAAAACACUGACAAGGAUGCCGAAAUAAUGGCAUCUAUUGAAACAGUGGUUCAGAACGCCGACGUCGAGAUGGGCGACGACUCCAAGCCUGACAGCACUGCUGAAGUUAAGGAUGAGCCGGGUUUAGCGACUAAUACGAACUUCAAGGAAGGCACACUGUGGAACGUGGUGACAGAUGGUCCGCCACCUGAAGGUUUCACAGUGUACACCACCGACUCAGGGCUCACGGUGCUCCGUAGAAAGAGACAGAGAAACCUCAACAAACUCGGCAUAGGCGGGUUCGUUGUGCGACAGAGACAAACGACUGCUAAGGCGCAAGCUGAUGACGAAAAAGAUGGAGAUGGGUCGACAGUUUCUUCAGAAUCGCCAAGUAACAAACGCAAGCCGAGAAGAAAACCUCGUUCGAAGUUGAUGGAACAAUUUCCUCCAUACAUGCAAGAAGCUUUCUUCGGUAAAGACCUUCUGGAACCAUCUAAACCUGUUGUUAGUUCCACUGGCAACCCAGCCGAGAGUCCAGGGGGAACGUUAAGACCCAGCACGCCAGAAGGUUACAGGGAACUAAGAGACUUCAAACUGGACAUCGAGAACUCGGACAGCGACGGCGAAGACGUGUUGGCUUCACUCACCACUUUCAACGACCAUGACGUGUCUGUUGUCAUCACUUUGAACACGGAGGAAAUCGAAGUACUACACACAUUGAAACCAAAGGAUGAGAAAGAGGACUCAUCUACUGUAAGUAAUGUGGACGGCAGCGUCAAAGUCAAGACGGAAGCAGAAGACGGACAGCUGAAACACACUGAGGAUUCGACUGCGUUGAAAAACGCUAUUUUAGGACCUCAACCGCCCGAAGCUGAGCAGCCACCUACAGUCGCUACAGAAAGCAUUUCUACAAUGCACACUACAAAGACUGAGCCCAUAAGUAGCGAAACCGGCGGAUCAUCUCAAGCGUCAACGAUAUCGCCCAAAGACGAUUUGUCUCUGUUGGGAGUGAACUUGGACGCCAUGGUGCGCGACACGCUGCCCGACAUGGACGGGAACGACGUCGACGAGAUCUUCAAAGGCGUGCUCACGGACGACUCGCAGGAAUCUCAGGAAUCUUCUGUGUCGUAUGUCAACUCAAUGUCGCAGUUCUCACAACAGAGGCAACAAUUACAAAGUCCCAUGGAGUAUUCGUCACCUUAUCAAAAUGAAUUUGGCAGCAGCGGCAGCGCGAUGAGUCCGCUGUUCCCGGAGGUGGGCGCGUGGAGCGAGCCGGCCGCCGCGCCGCCGCCCUCCUACAACCAGCGCAGCGCCGAGAAGAUGCGCGCCGACGAGAGUUUAGGAAUGGCAGCGACGAUAUCCGCCGUUCUUUACGCCAACACUAACCAUCCAGGGUGGAAGACUGAAUAUCCAAAUUGGGUGGACCGUUGUAAGCAGAUACUUAAAAAAUGGCGAGCUUUACCCUCCGAGCAAAAAGCUCCGUAUUUACAAAAAGCGCGAGACAACAGGAGUGCGAUACGAAUGAAGAAAGCUCAACAGAGUUCGAGCGGAACGACCGGCGCCGGCGGAGCCGCGCCCACCACCGGAGAGGCGGAGCCCAUCGCGCCCGGCGGCACUAGCGCGCCCACCACGCCCGCGCCCCCCGCGCCCAGCGCGCCGGCCGCAGCGGGCGCGCCGGGGGCGCCGGGCGCAGGCGCGGCGGGGGCGGCGGGGGCCGGCGCGCACGCGCCCGGGGAGCAGGAGCGCGCGUGCGGCCAGCAGCGCAGCGCGCGCGAGGCCGAGCAGGAGCGCCAGUGGAAGCACCUGCAGCAGCAGCGCCAGCAGCAGACGCAGCAGCAGCAGCAGAUCAUACACGACCAGAGGAUGCAAGGUGUGCCCUCGGCAGCGGCGAUGCAGCGCCUGCGCGGCGCGGAGGGGGGCUCGUCCCCCGCCGCCGCGCCUCCCCCCGCGCCCUCGCCCGCCGCGCCGCCGCCCGCCGGCCCCGGGCCCGCAGCGCCGCCGCCCGCCGAGGCGCCCCGCAGCGCCUUCCCCGCGCAGCGCUUCCUGCACUACGGCACCAGUGAUGACAUCAACCGGCAGCUGCGAGACCUGCUCCAGCGACACCCAGAGAAGAUGUGGCCACCGCAACCUAUCUGCGGGGUCUGUGGUAACCAACGAUUGUGUACAGAGAGUAAUAAUGAGGACGGGCCGGGCGCAGGCACAGGGCCCGGCGGCGCGGCGGCCGCGGGCGGUGCGGGCGAGGCGGAGGGGGCGGAGGGCCAGCCGUUCCGCCACCCGCUGCCGGUAGCGCUGCGCCCGCGCGCACCACAGCCGCCCCGUGGGCCCGAACACUUUAUAAUGCAACACAGAAUAGUGGCCGCCGACAAUAAUCAAAUGCAACAUCAGAAUAUGAACAACCCGGCUGCUCAACGUGUUAUGGAGCAGAAACAAUCUGUUAUAUCACAAUCGAAUGCUCCCAACAAUGAACCUAAGCAAGAGCCUAACCAAGAACAUGGCAAUGAUGAAAUGGACAUGGGAGAUAUGGACAAGUUGGAGCAAGAUCCUGGCAAUAUUGGAGAGGUGGGCGACAUCCUCGGCGGUCUGGGCGGCGAGGAUGACGAGGAGUUGCUGGAGUCGUUGACAGCUGAAAUAGGCGAGCAGUUCAACAUCCUGGAGUACGCGGACCCGGAGCUGGCCGCCCUCAACGACGCUGGGCAUCUCCUCGACGGACUCGAGCUGGAUGACAUGCCGGACAAACAUCACAAUGUCAAGCGUGAUCACUCGGAUGGUCAAAAACCAGACAAGAACAUUGAUAUGACUAAGACAGAGGUGAAAUCCGAAGUUGAGGACACGAAGCCCGACACGCAAGAGAUCAAGGUGGAACCGCCGCCGACGCCCGGCAUGGGGCAGAUGUUCAACGACGGCGUGCAGAGAGUCAUCACGCAGAACCAACAGAUGGCGUUGCAGUCGGCAAUGCAAGCUAUCAAGUCUGAAGUGAAGCUCGAGAAUGAGGAGAAACCGCAGAGACCUCCGUUCCAACCGAUGUUCGCGAACGCACAGCAAAGAUUGAUUCAUCCGCAGCAACAAACGAUAGUACAGCGCCCACCUCAGUUCGGUCAACAAGGACAACCUGUGAUGAGCCAGCAAGUAGUGCCACGCCCGCAAGUACAAUACUCGGGAGGACAACAAAUGCAUUUUACGCAGGGUGGCGUGAACACGCAGAGCAUUGUGAACGCGAUGACGGCGCAAGUGAACGCGGCUUUAGCCGCGGGGAGGUGCAUCGCGCCGGGCACGCGCCUCGUCGGCGCGGACGGCGCCGUGGGCGUCGUGCGCGAGGACCGCACCGUCGCGCUCAAGCACCUGCCCUACACCGCGACGGUAGGUGUGCCGGGCGCGGGCGGCGCGGGGUCGCGCGCGCCGCCGCCGCCGCCGUACCCGGGCACGCUGCGCGCGCCGCAGCCGCCGCCGCCGCCCUACCCUCAGGCGCCCUAUGAGGCGGACGCGUGGGCGGACUGGCUGCAUCGCCGCCCGCUGCUGCUGCAGAACAUAAACCAGGAGCAACCGUUGCUUCUCGAGGAGCUCCUGGAGCAGGAGAAGCGCGAGCAGGAGCGCGAGGUGGAGUGGGGCCCGGGCGGCGGCGCGGGCGGCGCGGGCGGCCCCGGCGCGGCGCCGCCCCCGCGCCCGGCUCCCGCGCCUGCGCCCGCGCCGCCCGCCGUGCUGCUGUACGCGGGCGUGGCGCCGCCGCAGCCGCCCGCGCCGCCCGAGCGGCCCGCCGGCGAGCAGGACCUGCACGCGCGCCGCGUCUACGAGCAGUGGCUCAAGCAGUACAACGCGUUCGCCACCGAUCAGCAGCGCUACUACGAGGUCGAAGUCCAGAAGCUACGCAAAAUACGCAAGUCGCUGAAUAGCAAACAACGUCAACUACGAAAAUCGGGCAACGAAUUGAUGCCUAAUGACGCAGCGGAACUACAGCGAGUAUCCGCCGAGCAACAAGCAUUACAAAAGCACCUUGAAGCGGCCAGAAAACAAGCCAGGCAACACAGCAUGCUUAUUCAGGAAUAUGAAACUAAGCAUCGUCAGCAGAAUCCUCAGUUAGCCCAACAGACAAACAUCAAUCAACAACAAAUUACGACGAACCAAACGGUGUUUACUCCGAACCAAAACAUUGGCCAAACACAGCAGUUGCAACAACAAACAACUAUCAAUCGUCCGAUGCAGCUGGGCCUACAGGGCGCCAUACAGCAGCAGCAGACGCUCAUAAGGACUCAGCAGACCGUCCUCAGCACAGAUCAAUUAUCGCAGCAAAGAAUAGGGCUGGUCACAUCGCCACUCAAUACACAAGGACGGUUAUUGCAAGGCGGUCGUACUCUUGUGAUAGAGCAAGCGGGAGCACCUCAACAGCAGCUAGUGAGGCAACUUUCUGGACAGGAGAGAUCUCAGUCAGUUGGUGGAAUGGUACAAUUCGGACAACAGCAACUUGUAAGGAACCCAAUGCCGAGUGGCAGUCAGACGCCCCGGCCAACGGGAACGCGGCCUGCUAUGUCUCCACUGCACGUACAAUCUCCACAUUCCCAGUCGCCUCUACAUUCUUUAGCACCACAAUCACCGUUACAUCAUUUAACGUCUCCCAUGCAGUCUCCGCUGCACUCGCAGCAGUCUCCGUUGCAUCAUACAUCACAAUCGCCUUUGCAUCCGUCGACGCAGUCGCCACUCCAUACCCAACAGUCUCCACUACACUCACAACAGUCGCCGAUGCACGUGCAGCAGACAAAUCUACCCCAGCAAUCGCCGAUGCAUCCGCAGCAAUCGCCAAUGCAUCCCCAACAAUCACCGAUGCAUCCACAGCAGUCGCCGAUGCACCCGCAUCAAUCGCCGAUGCACCAACAGUCGCCGCUACAUCCGCAGCAACAGAUGUCUUCUCAACACUCGCCGAUGCAUCAGCAGAGUCCGAUGCAUUCGCAACAAUCGCCCAUGCAUGUGCAACAAUCGCCGAUGCAGUCGUCGAUGUCGCCACAAAAUUACUUGCAACAGUUGCAAGCGCAGAGAACUAGUCCACAGUUGCCGACGCCCAGUCGAAGCCCACAGAUUUACCAACAAUCGCAAAUUCAAAGCCCAGUUUCGUCGCAUUCACCGCAGUUACAAAAUUCUGAUUUCGCUGGAGGGAGAUUCCCUCGACCAGCGCCGGGAUGUUCUCCGCUCCCUACGCGGUUUGCUCGUCCCCCACAUCACCAACAAGGUAUGAGAGUGGGCGUACCUUUCGGAAAUAGACAACAGACAUCACCUCUGGGUAGUCCACAACCAUUGCCCUCCCCAGGGAAUCCAAAUAGUGAAAUGGCGCGUCAACAAAUGCUUCAAAGACAACAAUACAGUCCGAUGGGCGGAGCACCGGCGUCGCCAUCCAUCUCGAGGUCCCCUCACGUGGCCCGCACGCCUACGCCUUCUGCGUCUCCCGCAGCGUCCCCAUCACCAGCUCUUGACCACGGAGGAGGUCUACAUUCGCAUCACGCUGCUCCCAUACCUCCCGGUUAUCGUUACUUUAAGCCAGGUCUCUACGGCGGUGGACCGCCUGGCGGGUUUAGCUAUUACAAGCCGGGUCUGCGCGGCGGUGCGCCCACACCAGCCCCAACAGCUGAUGAGGAUUCGAUGCCUGAAACGUCGGAUGCAAGAAAUUAUGUUCUAUUUGCAUCGGAUAAUGUAGAAUAUGCAUCCGCGAGUCAUGAUGAUAAUGAUGAGGAAGAGCUUGAGCACCUCGAUGAUGAUGAUAUAGUACUAGUUGAACCGGGAGCAGUGUCCCCCGAAGAACGUAUAGCAACUGAAGAAGAUUUUGAAGAGCUCAUUGACAGCGGUAAACCAGAAGACGAGUUGGACGAUGAAGCCACACCCGACCGUUCCUCGACGCGAACGGAAACUACUACAAAAACAGUGGCCGUAAUCAGCCUAUCUACCGGCAAGCAACAACAAUACAAAAUUGUGAAUCCAUCUUCAAGCGCUGCGCUAUCGCGUUUAGCUGUUUUGUCGCCGCAUUCAAACACAAAAAUUUUAAAUGAAGUUUCUCAAGCGACAGUAGCUUCGGUCUCGAUCGCUAAUCAAACAAUAUCGGUUCCCGUUUUGAAAAACCUUUCUGUGCCAAUCGGUGGCGCUGGUGCAAAAACUCAAAUAAAGAAAAUGCCAAUAAAUAUCAACCCACCAUUGACAAUAAACGUAUCCACUCCUGCCUUUUCAAAACCCAUUAGUUCUGUGAUAAGUGUGAUAUCUAAUGUCCCUAAGGUUGCUAAUGUAAACCCGGUGAUAACGCUGGCUACGUCUAGUGCUGCCGCAGGACCUUCAAGGGUACCGGUGUCUAUUUUGACCCAGCAUCAAGUCAAACAGAAAAUAGUAAAGACAAUUGAGAAACCAAUGGCAUUGUCGCUUUCUAAUGCAAAACUAUCGAGUCUGUCAGUGACGCAUGAUGCCACGCUACCUGCAAAGAUAUUCCAAGAUGAUGCAGCAUCACCCGAUAGCACUAAUGCUGUGGAUAGCAGUUCAGAAAGAGAAUCUUUGUCGAAUUCAAUGAGUUCUGCAUCACAACAAUUAGUAAUGAACUCGCAAAUGGGCUCUCAGUCGCUACAAAUGGAUCAAAGAGGGAGCAGUUUAUUUAAAGAACCGAGUAAAGAUAUCGACAUUGAAUCGGAAAUAAGUCAACAAACCGAGUUACCGCAUACAUUGUGUUUAACGGACCGUACACCGUUACUCUUAGGAAAGGCUGACAUAAAGAGUCCGGAUCCAAUACCUGAGAAAAUUCCUGAUAAUAUAAUGGAAGGGGAUGAUGAGGAUAAACCAGAGGAUAGUAUUCAAAAUGACUUAUUGUUGUCAUACAAUAAAAGUUUGACCGAUCCACCCCCUCCAAACCCUCCUCCAGAUAAGUCGGAAGAAAACGUCGUAAAAACCAUAAAGGCAAUUGCUAAUCAAACCAAAGAAAUGGUUAUAGAUUCCAAUAUGCAAAUAACUUCUGACAUGGCACAGGAGUCUGUUCAAAUAUCUAUCCCAUCGCCGACACCUUCUCAAGAACGGUAUCUAAAUGAUAUCACCAUGCAAGAGCAUCCUGAAACGGUAGAAGGUAACCAAAAACAUGUUGAAUCUUUCGAGGAUAUGUUGUGUAUACUGGAGAAUAUAACAGAUGACAAUAAGGGUUUUGACAUGAAACAGCCCAAUCCAAAACCGGCAUCUGCAAACGUUCAAAAUCCUCCUUUAAGUGCUCCUCCAAAACCCGAGCCUAAGGAACCUCAAGAGCAAGGCAGUUUUUCGAAGCGCGAAAUGGACAGAUUGGUUCCACAAUCAGCGACUGUACCACAAUUAUCGCCGUUAUCUCAACCUGCGGAGCUGACUUCGAAUAUGGCGAAUGUUUCACAACAACUUCGCACAUUUAUGUCUUCUUUAAAUACUAAUGCAUCGAAAGUAGAAUCACAAAGUGCUACGAGAAAGAAUAGCGAUGCGACUACACCAACUCAAGUUAAUUUUGAAAAUCUCUUGCCAUCAUCCAAAGUUGAAGUAGCACCACCGAGACCUUCACCCAUUCAGAGAAUUGAAAAGCCUAUGACGACAAUGCCGAGCCCUGAUCACAUGCCUAUGAGUGCUGCACAAAUGGUCGGUUCGCGCGUCAAUACUCUAUCAUCUAUGGGACAGAUGAGAAAAUCGCCCACGGUAUCUCCAAUAAAUUCACCCGUUAGCAUGCAAAACACGUUAAUGAAGUCACCCGCUCAAUCACCGUUGAUUUCCAAUAAUCAACCUUUUACGUCGAUGGACGAUUCAAUUUCUACGUCGGUUGCGUCACAAAUUAUUCAAAUGCCAGCCUUGUCAAAAAUACAUGGCAAUUCUUCUGUUCCACCUCCAAUUAUUCAUACCAGCAAUACUAUAACUACUAGUAUAAGCGGUUUCCCGAAAAAUCAACCGUUACCAACUAGUAUAUUAGGUCACACUUUACUUCAACCUACAAGGCAAAUAAAUACAAGCAACCUACCGUUCAAUCAACAGAGCAUCAGUACAAGUCAGCCACCGGCCCUAGUCAUGACAUCUAGGACACCUUUGAUGGGAAAUAAAGAACCAGCACCAAACGUUACGGUGCGAACUCACAGUAUAGUAAGUCCUGGAAUUAGUCAAAUGCAAGCUAAGUCAACCCCUGGCCCCAUUAAUUUUAUCACCUCUUCGAAGUUACUACAUACGCAGUUAACUUCGCCUUUAAAGAGGUCCAAGUCAACAGAUGAGCCCAAAAGUGAAGUUAUUGUGGGUCACAUACAGCCUACUAAAAGACAUAGCGUCGAAGCUGUUGUGGUAAAGUCUGAACCAAUGGAAACUGAAGAAUCCAAUGCGGCUGCGGCUGCGGCUGCGGCUGCCGCGGAUUCUGCCAACAAAAAUGCGCAACAAAAUAAUAAUGCAAAUCAAAGAAAUGAUGAAUCGCAGAACGUGUUAUUAAAGCAACUUUUGCAGACAACAACUACUGCUACUACUGUCGUUCCACAACGGACGGUCACCAUUCAACGAACCGCGCCGGCGCUCGGUACAAUUCCGUCAUUGGAAGCCCAACUGGCCCGGCCGUCUAUACCACCUCCGACUAUAGGUUUAACCCAAGAAGUUGAAAUACCUAAAAAUUCCCCCCGCCAUAUAACGACCGUAAACUCCCCUUUUGCCACUCGGACCGUACAGUCGUCAAUUCCUAUGUCCACUGUAUCACCAUUAUUACAACAAACGCCAACACAAUCCUUAAUGGAUGUGAGAAAGCCUCCAAUGAAAAUGUUAACUAAAGAGGAAACCACGCCCAUUCCAGAAAGUUCGCCUACUAUGAAGGCCGUACAAAAUAUAUACCAAACUGCCAGUAUAGAAAACCAGCAGAUUCAACAAGCUAUUAAGAAAGAAAUUGCGCCUCCACAGCAGAGUCCUGUCCAUCGUCCUUUUACACCGAUGGAUGUCAAGAAAGAGUUAUUAGACGAGAGCUCACAGCAAUCAGCAACUUCCGGUGUUUCAACGGCAUCAGAUCAAGGUAAACUUGAUCAACCAUUAAAAGAAGAGUUUCCAGAGAGUGGAAGUAUGGAUCCGUCUUCUGAAGCUAACGCUCCUGAAACGCCAUCAGAAGCGAAAAAACGCAAACGGCGAGAAUACCAACAAAAGAAAAGAAAACAAAUGCAGUUGAAUAUGAAGGCUGCUGCCGAAAACAGUUUGAAUGCUUCGAGUGCUAAGAAAAGACCACGUAAAGGAUCGAGGUACGAAGAAGACUACGACACGUUUAUUGAUAAUUUGAUGGCACAAUUACGUUUGUUGCCUGCCAUGCAGAUCCAAGAGCCCGCGUUAACUACCAAUUUUGCAGUUUGUCCGCUUUUUGGCUCUGGAGAUUUAACGAAACUUAAAAAUAAGGAUUAUGAUAUUCUAAAAGGCGACUUGGUGGGAGAUUUUGGUAAUGCAAGAAUACCGAAUGUUGCGGAUUAUUAUAACACAAAACCGUUUGGAGAAGAGGAACCGCUACCGGAGAAACCACCUACAUCAACACAAAGAGGGUUUUACGAUCAAGAAUUCCAGCCGAUCAUGUUUGAUGACGAUCCAGAAGAUAAGAAACUUGAUUUCAUUUGUAAAGAGAGAGACACUGAUACACCUGACAGUAUUGUCAGUUGUUCCAGCCCUGAAUGCUUAGAAAUUGACCCACCUAAUAGAUUCCCGGGACUUAAACUUAUUGAUGAUGAUGAAGAGGACGAGGAUAGUGACUCAGCAUCUGGUAGAGUGUCACCUAUUAUACCCAUCAUCGCACCAGUUCCUAUAAGAGUGAAACCAGUAUCACUAUACCAAGUCAAAGAAGAAGAAGAUAACCAAAAGGCAAUCAAAUGUCUCGAUACGGAUUCACCUCAUAAAACUAAGAUGGUGGAUUCGCCGGGUAGCACGGAAAGUAACGAGAAUGUCACUGUUACUCUGACAUUAACUUCUGGUGCAGCCGAGGAUAUUCUGGGCGUGCUUAAAGAACUUGCUGGAAUUUUACACAUCCCACCUCCGACAUCUUAUCAGAUAAUUGAGAGGACAGCCACGCCACCUUCUCACAAGCUUGGGCUAUACCGGUCUAAAGGCAAAGACGGUAAGGAGGGUACGCCGAUCGAUAUCCAAAGCAUUCUGAACGGUGCGGCAAAGUUCUGUCGUCACUGUGAUGUCGUGAUAUUAGAUUCUGUUGUGAGAGCAAAAGCAUCCGAGUUCCCGUUGUUGUCGGCCAACAAAGGCAACGCUGGUGAAAUACUAUGCGAUAGCGAUUCGGAACUAUACUUUUGUAGCACUCAGUGCUACGAAAGGUUUGCAUGGCGGCCAACGAACAUCAUACUGGACGGAAAAACAAAAACUACUGUCAAAGAAGACAAAUCUGAUGUUGAGACUAGUUUGUCGAAGGACCGCGAUGACUUCGACACUGCUUCAACAGAAAGCAUGGAAACAGACGACUUGGACAUCAAGCCAGACAUAAAAGACGAGAAAAUGGACUUGUCGUUUAUGGAUUCGCUCGAUAACGAUGAACUGAUGAAGGAAGUGGGUGACGAUGUAAGCGCCUUAGACGAAGACUUGAAGAGUGUUGAACAAGAUGAAAAGAGCAAUCAAAGCACCGAAAAGGAAAAAUUCCGUGGUAUCAGGUAUAAAGCUUGGUCGCCUGGUUGUAUCGGUCCACCGGUGAAGUACAAGCGUCCCACAGACAGGGAGCUGACGGAGUUGGUAUUCCGAACAGGAGUCUCAAUCAUGCCCGUCACCAACGAAGAUACGAGAAAAUGUGAACUUUGCGGUAUGCAAGGAGAUGGAGUUGCAGACGGUGUUUCUAGAUUAUUGAACUGUGACGUGGACCGCUGGGUGCACCUGAACUGCGCGCUGUGGUCGGAGGGCGUGUACGAGACUGUGAGCGGCGCCUUGAUGAACGUGGAGACGGCGCUGGCGACCGGCUCCAACGCCACGUGCGCCGUGUGCCGCCGCCUCGGCGCCACCGUGCGCUGCUUCAAGGUGCGCUGCGGCAGCGUCUAUCAUCUCGGCUGUGCCGUCAAGGACAACUGCGUCUUUUAUAAGAACAAGUCGGCGUUCUGCGCGUCUCACGCUCCUAAGAACGAGAAAGACAACGAGCUGACAACACUGAGCGUGCAGCGUCGCGUGUUUGUGUCGCGCGAUGAGCAGAGACAGGUGGCGUCGGUGAUGCUACACUCGGACACCAACCACCUGAUACGCGUGGGCGGGCUCAUAUUCCUGAGUCCAGGACACCUGCUGCAGCACCAGCUAGCCGCUUUCCAUACGCCCAAUUACAUAUACCCCAUUGGAUACAAAAUCGUGCGUUUCUACUGGUCGGCGGCGCGAGCGAAUGCCCGCAGCCGCUACUUGUGCUGGAUCUCGGAGGAGGAGGGCCGGCCGCGCUUCCACGUGCGCGCGCAGGACGAGCCGCUCGAGACCAGCGCGCCCACGCCGCGCGCCGCCUGGGCACAUAUAUUAGACGCAGUUGCAGCUUUACGUGAAGGUCGCGGUGAAGACGGAGUACUGAAAUUAUGGCCCAACUACGUUACCGGCGAAGACCUGUUCGGAUUGACGGAGCCUGCGGUAGUUCGCGUGCUCGAAAGCCUGCCAGGUAUUGAGACGCUGACGGACUACCGGUUCAAGUUCGGUCGGUCGGCGCUGCUGGAGGGCGGGCUGGCGGUGAACCCGUCGGGCUGCGCGCGAGGCGAGGCACGUCUGCGCGGCGCAUGGCGGCGGGCGACGCGCUCGCUCGUGACGUCACCCGCUGCGCCUGCGCCGCAGCCCAGCGCGCCCGGCGACCCGCCCUGUCCCUACAUCAAACAGUUCGUGCACACCAAGAGCAGCCAGUACAAGAAGAUGAAAAGCGAGUGGCGCAAUAACGUCUACCUCGCCAGAUCUAAAAUACAAGGAUUAGGGUUGUAUGCCGCGCGAGACCUAGAGAAACACACCAUGGUGAUAGAGUAUAUUGGAGAAAUUAUUCGAUCCGAGCUUUCAGAGAUCCGCGAAAAGAAAUACGAAGCGAAGAACCGCGGCAUCUACAUGUUCCGCCUGGACGAGAGGCGCGUGGUGGACGCGACGCUGUGCGGCGGACUCGCGCGCUACAUCAACCACUCGUGCCAGCCCAACUGCGUGGCCGAGACCGUGGAGGUGGACCGCCACCUGCGCAUCAUCAUUUUCGCCAAGCGACGCAUCGCGCGCGGCGAGGAGCUCGCGUACGAUUACAAGUUUGACAUAGAAGACGACGCGCACAAGAUCAUGUGUAUGUGCGGCGCACCUAACUGCAGGAAGUGGAUGAACUAACUAGCUAAUACCAAUUACCUGGAACAUAAUCACGAAUUUUACGACUUCUAUAAUGCUAGGAAACAUAGCGAUAUAAACAUUAAAGGCAACAAAUGUGUGGACUACUGCAUGUGUAGGGCUACCACCACUUAAAUACGAAAGCUAGGUAAAAAAGGGACAUAGCGAACAUUUGGGUGACAUUUAUUUUUUCAUACAUAAUAAAUAAUAAAAUCCGAAAAAUUAGGCCUCGUGUUUCUGGAGUUGGCAGCCCUAUUCAUGUGAAAUAUUUUUACCUACGAUAGAUUUUUUUCUUUUUGUUAUAAUAUAAUUUUGUCAGCGAAUCGUCAUUUUGAUGGGGUUCGGUUUUAGCUUAAAAAGGCUAUGAAAAAAAACUAGUUUUAUGUACCAAAGUGAAUGAAAUUUUAUUGACGACGGAUGCCAAGGGUGUGCGAUGAAUUUCACUUUAUAGGCUUAUGUGUGAUUUAACUAUCAAUAAGACAAUAUCCGACAGAGUUUUAUCGAUAAUCUUGAAUUUUAUAAUUCUGUGUGAGAACGGAACACAAUUUUUGUAAAUAAUAUUAUGAUUGCUAAGGACACCGUUGUUGUUGAAUUUAAAUGUUUUAGAUGUGACAGUUUUACUAUACUAGUGAGUACAUAUAGUUUAUAAACUUAUUCGUUUUUAAUUAUUAUUUUUUUAUGUAUCGAUGUUCCGUGUUGCUCUUCAUAUUGACAUAUUUAUAAUUUUCAUUUUCCAAAUUGUAUCAAUAUUAGCGUAUACGCAAUGUAUACUAUGAAAAUCUCAGCAGUGACGAAAUGUUAGGUUAAGUUACCAAAUAGUCUGCAUUUAGUAAUCGUAGCACAAUCGUUAGUUAGCGACGUAAACGUUACCCACCCUACGCUGUUAACAAUAUUUAGUCAGUAAACGUACGCCAAAAUAUUUACAGAAAACUUUGGACAACUUUAAAAUUGUAACCAACUGUUUUUAAAUAGAAAGUGAAUUGAAUGCGGUAUAUAUGUAUGUAUAAAGUCAAAUAUUGUUUGUAGCGUAGGGCCAUUGACGCCACGAUGUGCCUGACCCUGUUUCGUGUGUAGUUAACGUGGUAGGUUAGUUUUGAGGACCACCACACGACGCGUUUAGGGUUCACGUUUUUGCGUUCGUUUUGCGUGACGUGUCGUGUUGUGUCGACUGUUAGUUUUCGCUGUUUUUAUGUAUAUUUCGCCGUGCACGCAUCUCUAAUGUAUUCGGCCACCAGACACCGCGAUUUUUUAUAAAAUUCGAUUUCAAUUUAUAUUCAGGAUCAGUGCUAUUUUUUUGUAUUUAAGUGUUAAGUCAUAUUUGCUUGUACAUAUAUUAUAAUAAUCACCAGUUUAGUUACAAUAAUUUCAAUUUUCAAAUUAAUCAGUUUUCCUAUUGGUAUUGAUUUAUUCAAUUAAAUAUAUUUCAUUAUGUUGCUAUCGGCUUAUAUUCCAAUACCCAGAAUAAUUCUUUCCUAUUAGUAGAAUUGCCGAAAAGACUAAGUAACAAUAGACAUAAUAGAAAAAGGUUUUUUUUUUUUCAGAAUAGGAUGGAGGAUGUCAUUUCGUCAAUUUUAGUGUCUUACUUUAAGACCCUCUCCUGAGCAAACGGUCAUGAGCAAUCAUUCCAUACAUUUACAGUCUACGAAUUACAAGCGGGAAUAUGCAGAUUUACGAAUACUUACAUAAAAAAAAUGAUCCUUUUUUUAAAAAAAAUACUAACAUUCAUAUUAAAUUGUCUAUAUAAUUGUGGUUGCAAAUAUCAAUAAUUUUAGUUGCAUUUUCAUAAUGAAACAAUAUCCAUAUCAUAAAAUAAAAUUAAACAACUAAAGAAAAAUUACACAUUGGAAAAAUAUGUUUAAUAUUUUUUUUUCUAUAAUUUAGUAUUUAAAUUUCGAAUAUAUUUAUUUUUAUAACUUUUAAAAAUACGGUUAGCGGGCCGUUUUGCUGAGAGGAGCCUUAAUAAUUGUUAUGUAACUACAUUCAUAAGCUAUUUCUUUAAAGACAACAGUGUUUAAUUUUGUGAAUAAAAAUAUAGUGCGCGUGACGUAGUUAGAAUAAUUUAUGUAAAUCAUAGUAUAGUCGAAAAUGUGAUAUUACCUCACAUAUAAACGCGCGAACUUGAUAUGGUGUGAUCAGUGAUCCUAGUGUGUAAUAUAUAAUAUCUAUCGUGUAUAUUCGCGCGUAUGUAGCUAUAUAUUCGACCGCUGAAGGAAUUUAAAAGAAUGUAAUCAGUAGGAGCGUGUAAGAUCUGUUUAUAGACAAUUUAUUGAGAUGUAGUUAGGUGUGAUCAGCACCAAACAUCUUGGUUCCACGCUGGAUACCAUUACACCAAUGUUAUGAAUUCAUGCAAUUUAUUUUUAAGCGGUGAAUGUGCAAUAAUCAUUUACUUUGAAUACAGAUUGUAAAUAACAUUUGACAGUAAAUUUAAAUCUUUAUAAUCAGUAUAGUUUUAUGAUGUUUUAAUGCAUUGUUUUGAAAUGAAACUUAUACUCUCAUUGCUUUAUCCAUCAAUCUAUUUAUUUAAAGCAUUCCCACGUAUUUUGCAUUAAAAUGUUGACGAAAA